AUGUGGGACGCGGUGUGGUGCAGUGUGCAGAAGUGCAAAAUGCAGAAGCAUCGGAGGUUGAAAGACAAAGAUCACUUUCAAAUCAUAUUCAGCGGAAUGGUAUACAUUCUGCACGCUCCAUCGAAUCACAAGCAGGAUGGGCAUGAGCUCAGCUCCCAUCAGAAGAAGCUGAGCAACCGAUUGGGUGCACCGGUGCCGACCGUGCGAGCUUUGGGCUUGAGUGGAAUUCGUGAUCCAGAGGCCAUCGCUGACCGCCUUACCUACCUGUUGUCAGCAUCCUCUCCACCAGGUGCUCUCAGGAAGCUGCGCGAGAUUUUUCGCUCGGUCGGAUCACACGAUGUUCGACUAUGUUUGCGUGCACGUGGAUGGCUUCCAAAACUGCUGUCGGAGACUGCCACUUUGUGGAAGCAGGCCUCGUGUUUGUCAGCCGAGUCGAACUCAUCGAAAGCUGCCGACUUCUGGCGUGGAGGAAUCUGGUACUCGCUCAGUGCGGAUUGUGGCGCUGCCUGUGACAUUUUGGACAGCCCACACACUCAUGUCGUGGUAGUGAAUAGGCUUUGCAACGAGAUCUUCUGUGCCAAACGAAGCUGGAGACAGCAAGCCCACGAGGAAUGUGGCUUGCUGAAGCGACGCAGAUCUGGCCAGAUG